AUGCGCCUGCUGCUUGUCCUGGUGCUUGAGUGGAUUUUCCCCCUGAGAGGAACCCGAGCCCAGCUGGUGACACAGCUGGACGUCCAGGUCGCUGUCCCUGAAGGAGCGCCCCUGGAGCUGAGGUGUAACUAUUCCACUUCUGUCACGCCUUACCUCUUCUGGUACGUGCAGUACCCCAGUCAAAGCCCCCAGCUCCUCCUGAAGUAUACUUCGGGGAACACGGAGGUUAAAGGCAGCAAAGGUUUUGAGGCUACAUUUAAGAAGAGUGAAACUUCCUUCCCCCUGAGGAAGCGUUCAGCCCAUUGGAGCGACUCAGCGGAGUACUUCUGUGCUUUGAGUGACACACCAUUUGGCUUCCAGAAGCUCAUAUUUGGAACUGGCACCCGACUUUUGGUCAUCCCCAAUAUCCGGGACCCUGCCCCUGCCGUGUACCAGCUGAGGAGCCCCAAAUCCAACAGCAUCGUCUGCCUCUACACCGAUUUUGAUUCUCAGUCCAAUCAGUCAACAGACUUGUUGAAGUUGGACACUGAAACGUUCCAGUCAAACCAAACCACGCUGGACAUGAGGUCCAUGGAUUCCAAGAGUAACGGCAUCUUGUUCUGGAACAGUCGACCAGAUUUUGCAUGUAAUAACAACUCUAAUAAGUCCUCAGGGAUUGUCUGUGAUGCCAAGCUGGUAGAGAAAAGCUUUGAAACAGAUAUGCAUCUAAACUUUCAAAACUUAUCCGUGAUUGGGUUUCGGAUCCUUCUCCUGAAAGUAGCUGGAUUUAACCUGCUCAUGACGCUGCGACUCUGGUCUCGAUGAGGUCACCAAGACUGUCGGAGACCCGGUGUUCUUACUCCUCCUCAUCACCCAUCCUCUCCCUCCCUCUUCAAGAUUGAACUCUCUGCCUCCCGUGGACCAGAAGGCUCCCACUGGCAACACCACCCACUGGAUCCUCCCCAACAGUGGGGUCGUGAUGCUGGAGAGCGUCCACAUGCCCUGCAGGCCCCUUUGUGUUCUGAUUGCUGCUCUCACAGCCCCACAUGCAUGGCCAGGGCAGGGGCUGCAGCCACCUCGUCAGGCUGGAGAGACCCCUCUCCCGAGACUGCUUCUGAUGCUUCUGGUGAUAAGUCCCC